AUGGACUUUGAUGUCACGAAUAGUGCGAAUUUAGUGUUAGAUUUUUGGCAUGGAAGUGAAAUAGCUUCACCGUUGGCAAAAAAACGUCGUCCGGUUCGUAAACUGGAAGAUGAUGUAAAUUAUGAACCGGCCGAUAUUGAACGUGCAGUUUCUGAAGCAAUUACGGGUUGUAAAUAUACUGAAGAAGAACGUAAGGAACGAUUACGUAUUGCUGUAUUAGAUGCAUUAUUUAAACGACGAACUAUGAAGUCGUCAUCACAACAUCAUGGAGUGCCAUUUACAACAUUACAAACCUAUUUUCAUCGUUCAAAACAAAUUUUAGCCAAUGAAGCAAAACAACAAUCAUUAUUAGAGUCUUUUCAAGAGCAGACAAUCAGUUGUUGUUGUCCUGCGCAGUGGUGGUUAGCUGAUCUGAGGAGUUUAGUAUUGUGGCCAUCCGUAGUGUUUGUGAAUGUUGGCUAUGGCGGUAAGACAAAUUGUCUUAUUGCUCAAGGACCAAAAACGUCGCCAAGAAGUAAACUGGAAGAUGUCUUGUACAAAUUAAAUUCGGGUCUUGAUGGAGGCAUAAACGAUUCGCCAAAUGCAAGUGAGGUUCCCCACCCGACAGGCUCAAAUAAGAGGAAGCCAAAGACGGUACGACGAGUUGUUGAAGCUGAAAGCAUAGAGAUUAGUAACGGUUUGGAAGACAAAUAUGUUGACCAGACCGAAAUGCAACAGGCUUUUUUGAAUCAGUUGUUGGCAAAUGCCAGCUUGCAGUUUCCUUCUACAGUUGAUUGUGGAGAUGUCCUGAACCAGAACGGAAAUCUUACAGAUAUUAAUUUCAUUGCAGUUCCUCCAGUCUCCGCUGAGGUGCGUGAUGAGGUUCUCAGUUACUAUGCUUCCAUGAAUAGUUUCACUGAGGAAAUGAAGAAGCAGCUUCAAGGUUCAGUGCUGGAUGGAUCUCUAGCAGAAUUAUUCGGCGAGUCAAGUGAAUCUGCAGCGAUAGACGGUGACAGCUGGCUUGCUGACCUAGGUGAUUCUUCGGAAGAGAUUGAGAAGGCAUCUAUUGCUGGAAGCAGUGUUGACAGCAAAAAGAGUGAAAAAGAGUUCAUUUACGGUCCACCCAUCGAUCCGGAUGAUACAGAACGUGUGCUUGCUAUUGAACAAGGUGUGAAAGAAAUUUGCGCAUCUUCGAUGUAUGUCGGUGAACAGAAGGAAAAACUUCUGAGUGCUGUACUAAUGGUUGUUCGUGGUGAGCUAACUAUCAAUGCUGCUUCAAAUAUGAUGCAGCUGCCGUCUUCUACUGUUCAUCCAUACGUUCAUCGUGCUCGGUCAGCACUCGGUGUUCUGUUGCCACCUCAAGCGUCUGGGCCGACGUUCUGGACAGCUAUGAAAGCGCACGAAAAAGGUAUACCAUUACGCAUUUUUGCCUUGGUUGGUGAAGAUACAUUUAGAAAUAAAGCGGAAAGAAGUUUGAGAGCUGUUGUGCCGACACAGACUGACACGGUAAACGAUCCCCUUAAUGGUUGUAUUGACUCAGAAAAAUUGGACAAACUUGUGAUAGAGUUGGUUAAAACGUCAUUAUAUGAUGCCAGUGGGAAACAAAAAUUGAAAGACGCAGUUGUAAAAAAUGCAGAAUAG